AGUUCCUCACUCUCCUCUGUGUCAACUCCACAGCAGCAGCAUCCACCACAAUAACCAUGAUGACUUCACGCUCCACGAGGACCACCAUGAGCUCCAGUGGCUCCAUGAUCGGUAGCAGCAGCGGCAGCUCCCGACUGUCCACAAUGAAGGCCGCCAGCAUGUACGCCGGUGCUGGAAGUGGUGUUCGCAUCUCCUCUUCCUCCAUGGGUGGAGGCUUCGGCGUGGGUGGUGGUGGUGUCGGUGGCGGCUACUCGUCCAUGAACUACACCAUGUCCGGCAACGACAGCAGUGUGAUCGGCAACGAGAAGUUCACCAUGCAGAACCUGAAUGACCGUCUGUCCACCUACCUGGCCAAGGUGCGCUCGCUGGAGAAGGCCAACGCCGAGCUGGAGCUGAAGAUCCGGCAGUACGUGGAGAGCAAAGUCGGACCCACCACCUGUGACUACUCCGCCUUCUUCGUCACCAUCGGAGACCUCACCGCGAAGAUUCAGGCUGCUAUCAGGCUGAAUGGAUCCGUUCAUCUGAGCAUUGAUAACGCCCGCCUGGCUGCUGAUGACUUUAGAAUGAAGUAUGAGAAUGAACUGGCCAUGCGUCAGUCAGUAGAGGCCGACAUUGCCGGGCUCAGGAUGGUUCUGGACGAACUGACUCUGGCCAGAACUGACCUGGAGAUGCAGAUCGAAGGCCUGAAGGAGGAGCUGAUCUUCCUCAAGAAGAACCACGAGGAAGACCUGCUGGCCAUGCGCUCCCAGAUGAGCGGUCAGGUCCAUGUGGAGGUAGACGCUGCUCCUCAGCAGGACCUCACUCGGGUCAUGUCCGAGAUUAGAGAACAAUACGAGUCCGUCGCCGCCAAGAACCAGAAGGAACUGCAGGACUGGUUCCAGGCAAAGAAGGAAGCUCUGAACAAAGAGGUGUUGACUCAGACCACCGUCCUGCAGACGUCCCGCUCAGAAGUCACAGAGGUCAAACGUACACUGCAGUCCCUGGAGAUCGAGCUACAGUCCAUGCUGGGUUUGAAAGCGUCGCUGGAGGGGACUCUGGCUGAGACACAGAGCCGCUACUCCAUGCAGCUGUCCUCAUACCAGAUGCAGGUGACGAGCUUAGAGGAGCAACUGGUGCAGCUGAGGGCCGACCUAGAGAGGCAGGGACAGGAGUACAAGAUGCUGCUGGACAUCAAGACCAGGCUGGAGAUGGAGAUCGCAGAGUACAGGAGACUGCUGGACGGAGAGAGUGUCACCAGCACUACUUCGUCAAGCACUUCAACCAGGCGUGUGGUGACAGUGGUGCAGCAGGUGGUUGAUGGGAAGGUGGUUUCCACUUCCUCCUCCACUUCAGCUUCCUCCAUCACGAACUAAGCGUCAGUGGACGUUAACAGUCAAUCAGAAUCUUUUCUCUGGUUUCUCAUGUCUGAGAAUCUGACCCGACAAUAAAAAGAGAGUCCAAAUAAAAA